AUGGUGGCAGUGGGGAUCCGCCCUUUCCCCCAAUGCUUCCCAGCCCUGGCGUGGCCCCGACUGCCGCUGCGGAGCCACUUCGGGGGGAAUUGGCUACACUUCAGCGAUGGCGAUUGCGGCAAGGGCUCUACUUGCGGCCGCUCUGGGGAGCACUCGGGCAGCGGGUGGAGGAGGCGGCGGUGGCUUCAGCGGGCUGGCUCUCAGCAGACAGCGGCAACCACAGCGGACGGUGUGCCAGAGGUUUCCAGUGUGGAAUAAUCAGCGGGUGUUGUACUGUUCCAGUACCUCUCUACCUGCCAGCGAUGUAACUGUCGCCUACCAGAACGGGUUACCCGUUCUCUCUCUCAAUCUACCAUCGCGGCGAGAACGUUGUCAGUUCACCCUGAGGCCCAUCUCAGACUCUGUUGGGAUUUUCCUGAAACAGCUACAGGCGGAGGACAAGGGCAUUGACCGAGUGGCCAUCUACACUCCAGAUGGAAAUCGAAUAGCUGCAUCAACAGGAAUCGAUAUUCUACUUCUUGAUGACUUCAAGUUAGUGAUAAAUGAUGUGACACACCAUGUGCAGCCACCAAAGAGAGAGAAGCUGAGUCAUGAAAAUGCAACGUCAAUGAAUGAUGUUAAAAUCCUCGUGCAGCAUCUCUUCACCACCUUGCGCGUUGAGGAGCACCAGCUGAAAAAGGAACAGGAUCUGAAGAGGCGUGUGGAGAAUCUCAACGCUCAGAUUGAGCCGCUUGAGAAAGUCAAGUUGGAGUUGGACAGGAAGGCGGAGAAGCGAUCGACCUGGGUCCUGUGGGGCGGGAUGGCCUUCAUGGCCACCCAGUUUGGGAUCCUGGCACGCCUCACCUGGUGGGAAUAUUCCUGGGACAUAAUGGAACCGGUCACCUACUUUAUCACUUACGGCAGCGCAAUGGCGAUGUACGCAUAUUUCGUCAUCACACGGCAGGAGUACAUUUACCCUGACGCCAGAGAUAGACAAUACUUGCAUUUCUUCCACAAAGGAGCCAAAAAGACGAAAUUUGACAUUGAAAAAUACAACAGACUCAAGGACGACAUUGCUCAGGCCGAGUUGGACUUGAAGCGUCUCCGAGAUCCACUCCAGCUCCAUCUCCCCAUCCAGCCCGUCAGUGACCAAGAGUGAGGAAUGCCAGAGGUGACGCCCCCACCCCCACCCCCUACCCCCACCCCCACCCUGUCCCCGCCACUCCCACCCACCAACCCGAGGAAUGUCUGGACACGCUAACACCACGGCGCUCUUCACCUGAUCAACAACCAAACCUCUGCGGGUCCUCGAGAUCCUACUGGCAGUGGGGAAGGAGUUUGAAAUCAUGUUGAGAUGUGCAUCGGGUACAUUGGGGAAUCUGAUCAUGCAGAACGGACAGUAUGCAUCUCCAACUGAUGGCGCCAGGGCAGAUUGGGAUGCACGUUUCCUCUGUUUUUUUUAAAAGAAUACAUUUAUUGACACCAUUUAUUUUACUGUUUUAUUCUGAUUUUGUGCAGAUUUUACAAACUAUCAAUUCAUUUGACAUUGCUGCACUCAAUGACUAUGAUUAAGGGGAGAAUUGUUGUACGAAUGAGCUGUGUAACUCUGACAAUAAAUAACUACCACAACUGUUUUGGAACUAAUUGGGUCUUGCAUUUGGUCACUGGGUUAAAUGGUUUUGUUCUUCUGGUUUCAUGGACUAUUGGUACAGAAAGGUGUGUUUUGUUUUUUUUUAACCUGGGUUUGUCUGCUCUUCAUGGGUGAUUCUGGAGAUGCCGCAUCAAUGCAUUUCUCCUUGUGAAAGUUGUGUCUGUCCUUUCCCAGUGAGAUCCAGGGCUUGUAGCUGUUUUAGCACACAGGCAGUGAAUACCUCCAAGAGGUCAUGAUGUGUUCUUGAACCUUAAGCAAUGAUUUACUCUGAAUGGAAUGAAUCUUAUUAAACUUGUUAAUUUCCCCCUUUACACAUCCCUGCUUCACAGCAAGUUGUUUAAGAAGGAACUGCAGAUGCUGGAAAAUCGAAGGUAGACAAAAGCGCUGGAGAAACUCAGCGGGUGCGGCAGCAUCUAUGGAGCGAAGGAAAUAGGCAACGUUUCGGGUUUCGGCCCGAAACGUUGCCUAUUUCCCUUCGCUCCAUAGAUGCUGCCGCACCCGCUGAGUUUCCCCAGCACUUUUGUCUACCUGUUUCACAGCAAGUUGCUUCUCACACCUCCAAUGUACAACUCUUUAAUUUGGCCCAGCGGAUGUGGGUCGCAGGAACAAGUCUUUCGAAUGUGACACAUUGUUCAGGCCAGCAGUGGCCAGCUAAAUGAGGAAUGGUGCAGAAAAUUUAAGCUGCAGUUAUACCUCUGUAUACAUCUCCCGACUCAAAAUGUUUGCUUAGGUCAAAUGCAUUUAUUUUUAAUUAAACGGAUAAUGAGCCCCUUUGAAGAGGUAUUUGUUGUCUGCUGUCUUAUUUUUCCACACACAAAGAACAGAAGAUGUCACUGUUAACUGUACUUGUUAAAAUUUGCAGAGGAGCCAACCCCUUGGGGAGUUUGUAUAUUAACACACUAGCUCUUUGAACGGGGAGCUAGAUUCACUAGGCAGCCUAUAGUGAGUGAAGAGUGAUCCAUAUAGAAUGCAUGAUGCAUUACUGUUACUGUAGGAGUUGCACCAUGGAAGUAUGUUGCAUGAUUUCCCUGUUAGACAGGGAUUCAAAUACCUCUGAGCUGUAUUGCGACAACUGAGUCGCAAUUGCAUGUUCUCUUUAUAAUAUUUGUACAGACAGGAAUAUCUUGUCGAUCACUGUGACUUUUAAGGUUGUUACCAAAAUGGGAACCAUGAAAGCCUAAGUUGUAUACAACACUACUGAAGAUCAUGUGGGUAUCAUUCUGGAUGGGCCUAUUUAGAUAAUGCUAGGUAGUUUGAUCUCAUCCAUAUCAAAUAUGUGGCAUGAUUUUUCAGGCAGAUUACACAGGCGGUAAAUGCUUUUUGCGAACUUAAGUACUGUACUCAUGAAUUCUGCGCAAGAAUAUUGAAGGUAAUAAUGUUUUUUUUCAGGAGCAUUGUAGAUGUAAAUGGUGCGUUGGUGGCUUUAUGCAGCAGCACACCAAUCUUCUCCUUGUUAGCAGAAGAACAGCAAUACAAAAGCCAAAUGCUGUUAGUAGAUGGAAAUCUGGAAAGCAGAUAUUCUGCAAGUCACCAGUGGAGAGAGAAGUAGAGUGAAGAAUAUCAGGUCAAUGCUUUUGAGCUAACGAAUCUAUAACUGAGUGUUGACUUAGCAAACUGCAACACUGACCCAGCUAAAAGAGCAAUGCCAGGACACACAGCCAGUUUCCAUUAUGCCCACUCCCUGCGAAUAGAAUGUGCACCUAGGUCUCCAGGGGUGAAGGGCAGUGAUUGAGACCAGUGCCUUAGCUUCACCACCCAGCCUGAGGAACCCUGAGUGAAUGUGAUGCACUGAUUGUAUCAAAUGCAUGAACCAGGCCCUGGGAAACUGUCGUAAAGUGCAUGGGAGUAAAAACCCUUUGGAGGGCAUAAAUGCAGAAGCCCAAAGGGCUAUUGGGGCAUGGCUGUCUUUUUAUUUUUAAAAGAGUGCCGUAGACAAGUUGAAGGUCUCGCAGGCGUUCAUUUAAUGUGGCUGUAUGCAUUUUAUAUACGUGUGCAAGAGAAAUAUAAUAGCACAGAUGGUGUUUCAUACAUGUGGGUGUACUUGGAAAUCUGUGCACCAUUUUGCCAUAUGUGGCAAGAUAUGACAUUAUUGGACCUCUGCCCUUACUGGACACAGCAAGGUAUCAGGGAUGUUCACACAAGUGGCACAGGAGGAUUUGGCUGAAUUCCCACUACAUUCAGCACCAUACUUGAAUUUCCAGUUCCUUACAGGGGGGGGUUUAAUUUGUUUGUAGCUUUUAGAAUACUCCUGUGUUUUCUAUCAUGUAACACUUGCAGAGAUGCUCUUGUGUAACUUUCUAAUGCUGAAUAUUAUGAAGCAAAAUCUUAGGAAUGUAUCAAACCACAGACCAUUUCUUAAUUGACACUGUUUACUGAAUAAAUUGCAAAAAGAAAACC